AUGCAGAGUGACUCGUCUGCUGUGAGAAUUCGGAAGCAAAAUGCGAAGAUUAGCCCCGAGCCAACUGUUCCAGACCCAGGCCCUGACACCAGUCCUGUCUUUGGGGUAACCCUUGAGAGGCUGAGAGAAGAUGGACAGCUUGUUUGUGGAGUGCCCCACAUGCUGCGACACAUGGUGGAUUUCCUGGACAGAAAUGGUAAGGCAUCAUACUGCUACACACACACACACACACACACACACACACACACACAUACACAUACACACACACACACACACACACACACACACACACACACACACACACACACACACACACACACAUACAGUGGGGAGAACAAGUAUUUGAUACACUGCCGAUUUUGCAGGUUUUCCCACUUACAAAGCAUGUAGAGGUCUGUAAUUUGUAUCAUAGGUACACUUCAACUGUGAGAGACGGAAUCUAAAUCCAGAAAACCACAUUGUAUGAUUUUUUAAAGUAAUUAAUUUGCAUUUUAUUGCAUGACAUAAGUAUUUGAUCACCUACCAACCAGUAAGAAUUCCGGCUCUCACAGACCUGUUAGUUUUUCUUUAAGAAGCCCUCCUGUUCUCCACUCAUUACCUGUAUUAACUGCACCUGUUUGCACUCGUUACCUGUAUAAAAGACACCUGUCCACACACUCAAUCAAACAGACUCCAACCUCUCCACAAUGGCCAAGACCAGAGAGCUGUGUAAGGACAUCAGGGAAAACAUUGUAGACCUGCACAAGGCUGGGAUGGGCUACAGGACAAUAGGCAAGCAGCUUGGUGAGAAGGCAACAACUGUUGGCGCAAUUAUUAGAAAAUUGAAGAAGUUCAAGAUGACGGUCAAUCACCCUCGGUCUGGGACUCCAUGCAAGAUCUCACCUCGUGGGGCAUCAAUGAUCAUGAGGAAGGUGAGGGAUCAGCCCAGAACUACACGGCAGGACCUGGUCAAUGACCUGAAGAGAGCUGGGACCACAGUCUCAAAGAAAACCAUUAGUAACACCCUACGCCGUCAUGGAUUAAAAUCCUGCAGCGCACGCAAGGUCCCCCUGCUCAAGCCAGCGCAUGUCCAGGCCCGUCUGAAGUUUGCCAAUGACCGUCUGGAUGAUCCAGAGGAGGAAUGGGAGAAGGUAAUGUGGUCUGAUGAGACAAAAAUAGAGCUUUUUGGUCUAAACUCCACUCGCCGUGUUUGGAGGAAGAAGAAGGAUGAGUACAACCCCAAGAACACCAUCCCAACCGUGAAGCAUGGCGGUGGAAACAUCAUUCUUUGGGGAUGCUUUUCUGCAAAGGAGACAGGACGACUGCACCGUAUUGAGGGGAGGAUGGAUGGGGCCAUGUAUCGCGAGAUCUUGGCCAACAACCUCCUUCCCUCAGUAAGAGCAUUGAAGAUGGGUCGUGGCUGGGUCUUCCAGCAUGACAACAACCCGAAACACACAGCCAGGGCAACUAAGGAGUGGCUCCGUAAGAAGCAUCUCAAGGUCCUGGAGUGGCCUAGCCAGUCUUCAGACCUGAACCUAAUAGAAAAUCUUUGGAGGGAGCUGAAAGUCCGUAUUGCCCAGCGACAGCCCCGAAACCUGAAGGAUCUGGAGAAGGUCUGUAUGGAGGAGUGGGCCAAAAUCCCUGCUGCAGUGUGUGCAAACCUGGUCAAGACCUACAGGAAACGUAUGAUCUCUGUAAUUGCAAACAAAGGUUUCUGUACCAAAUAUUAAGUUCUGCUUUUCUGAUGUAUCAAAUACUUAUGUCAUGCAAUAAAAUGCAAAUGAAUUACUUAAAAAUCAUACAAUGUGAUUUUCUGGAUUUUUGUUUUAGAUUCCGGCUCUCACAGUUGAAGUGUACCUAUGAUAAAAAUUACAGACCUCUACAUGCUUUGUAAGUAGGAAAACCUGCAAAAUCGGCAGUGUAUCAAAUACUUGUUCUCCCCACUGUACAUACAUACAUACAUACACACAUACACACACAUUACUUUGUUUACAGUCCAUCCCCUGUCCUUACUGCAGGUGUGCAGCAGAGGGGUCUGUUCCGUCUGUCUGGCUCUGUGGUGAGGACCAGGCAGCUGAGGCUGAGAUUGGACAGGGGAGAGAGGAUGGAUCUUGAGGUGGAGGGGGAUGUCUCCACUGUGGCCUCCCUGCUCAAGCUCUUCUUCAGGGAGCUGCCCAGCCCCAUCAUACCAGAGCCUCAGCGCAAGGACCUGGUUCUCAGCCUCACAGGUAUGGCAAUUGACCCUUCGCUAGGGCCCUCCCCAGAAUAUGGGGCAACCACUCUCAGCGAUCCAAUAGAGCUCGCCAGCUUGUAGUCCUAAAAAUGAAAAUGUGUUAGCAUUUUGUACCUCUGGUUCUUUCAGCCAUUCCUAUGGGUGAAUUGAAUGGGCAAAGAAUGGGGUUUUGGGAUAAACACUGAAAAUAAGGUUAACACAACCUUAGGAGAUUUUAUACGUUUUGUUCUCUGAGAUACUAUCAGACAGUUAACAUGAACUUGAUGAAUUAUGAAGCCCUAAUGUGCCUUAUGUGCUUGUUUUGAUUACAGAAAUGCUUCAAAAUUCACAAAAAGUGACGUUAGCUGAUGAAGAUGAUCUCAUAAAACAAAAUGUAUAAGAUCUCCUAAGCCUGUGUUUACCACAUACCUUAUUUUCGGCAUUUAUCCAUAGGCUUUGGCCAAUGAGCCAUUACAUUUACAUUUACGUCAUUUAGCAGACGCUCUUAUCCAGAGCGACUUACAAAUAGGUGCACUCACCUUAUAGCCAGUGGGAUAACCACUUUACAGUUAUUAUUUAUUUAUUUUAUAAAAAAAAAAAUGUGGGUGGGUGGGGUGGGUUGGGGUAAGGGGGGUAGAAGGAUUACUUUAUCCUAUGCUUUGGCGGAGUUAGCCUCCGUUAGUGCCUACAAAAAGACGGCAUUACUAUUGCUCUCUAUGGAUAGCAACUGUUGUCAAGUCCGACACCUCGGACAAGCUCACUUUUUAAAAGCAUGGAAGCCAUAGAGCCCCAGAGUGGAGGUGUCAUAAUACCCAUAAAACCUAGCGGUCAAACGGAAAUGGUUCCAAUUGUUUUUCCACCAUUCAUUUUUCCUAUAGGGUAUUUUAGAAACACUUAAAAUAAGGGCUGUGUUUCGUGUAGGCUUACCCUGGCUUGACGUUUUGAUAACCAUGUACAUUUCUCUAUCAAACACAGAUUUGAUCACUCAGAGUUAUCACCCGUAUCUCAUGCCAUAUACUGUAUAUGAAAUCCAGGUCACAGUUUCCAUAUGAUAUGUGUGUUUCUGCUAACCUAUAGUGGUGAGACCAGCACACACAUGGGGAAAAUCGCAGACUGUUAAUCUAUCACAGUCUAACCUUUAGUCCCCACAAACAUGCUUCCCACCAUUGUCUGCAUAUAUUGCUUUAUGAUGUGGGUAAAAGAUCUCAGCAAUAUGCACCACUUGUUUACCUGUGGUUCAACCACUACUUUGAGUCUGAAUAUAAGUAAUAAUAAAUACUUUUAUGGGGUAUAAUUGGUAUUUCCAAAGAUUAAGCCUAGAUUUUCAACAGAAUGAUGCUAUUGAUGUUGAUGCUAUCAGGUAUUGAAUUUUGAUGUGAAGUGUUGCUAAUGUUCAUGUCAAGAUUUUCUUUAUUUUCUCUAGAAUGUAAGAAUGAGGCAGAGUUGAUCGCGGCUCUGAAAGAGAAACUCAGCAGCCUACCUGUCGACAACCACAGCAUCCUGUCUUACCUCCUCCACUUCCUGUCAAGGGUGGCCUCUCACAGCCAAUCAAAUCACAUGCCCGUGGAGAACCUGGCCACAGUCUUUGGACCCUGUAUAUUCCAGUGAGUCAUUGCCAAUAGCAACCCUAUUCAUCACAUCAUAGAUCACCCCAGAGACAUAUUCAGGGCAUAGAACUUGUGCAAACAUUACAAGUGGGAAAUGAUCAGUCAUAAUAGCUAGUUGACUUAAUAAAAGAGACUAAAACAUUGUUCCACUGUAUUCAAUUGGUUAGUAACCUACACAACUGUAGUCCUAGUUCAGGUUAACAUUAGUGUAUAACAAUUAAACAUGACUGCCAGUUCCAAUCCUCACAGUUCAAAUCAAAUCAAAGUUUAUUGGUUGCGUACACAGUUUUUCAAAUGCUUAUCGCAGGUGCAGCAAAAUGCUUAUGUUUCUAGCUCCAACAGUGUAGCAAUAUCUAGCACUACAAAACAAUACACACAUAAUCCAAUAGUAAAAAAAUAACAAGAAAUUAAGACAUAUCAGAACAGUUGCACAAUUAGGAGCUGGAAGGGGUGGAGGGGAGUUGACAGAGUUGAGGAAAUGUGUGUGGAGUAGGGCGAUAGAGCAGGACAGGCGGUGGCCGACAGAAGUUAUUGUACAGCUGUAGUUCUCCAGUUUACAGAGCUCUGCCGUCUGUGUAAACAAACAUGGCCCCAGAGAUCUUACUGUCUUGUCCUGCCAUGCCUCUGCCCUGACACAGUGGUAAGACGUAUUUACAGUUGCGGACAAAUGUAUUGGCACCAUUGCACUUUUCUGUAAUAAAUCCCUAUUUCUUCUCAAAUAAGUUGAAUUUGAAAAAUAGUUUUGGUCUUCACAUGUUGUUUGUUAUUGGAUUGUCAACAUUGCAGAACACAUUAUGUUUACAAUUUUUAUGAAGAAAACAUUUAAUAAUGUCAUGGACAAAAAUGAUUGGCCCCUGAGCUAAUACUUGGUUAAACAGGCUUUGGCAAAGAUAACUGCAAAAAAAUGCUUAUUGUAGCCAUCAGCUUGCUGCACCUUUCUAAUGUCAAUUUGGCCCACUCUUCAGCUGCAAACUGCUCAAAUUCUUUAAUAUUUGAGUGGUGCCUUCCACCAACUGCUGUUUUCAGAUCUUGCCAUAGGUUUAUGAUGGUAUUCAGGUGUGGACUCAUCGCUGGCCAUUCCAGAACAGUCCAGUGUUUAUUCUUGAACCAUUCCUGAGUGAAUGGCCCACAGUGCCAAACUGACAGUCACUCAAUUAGCCAUGGUCACAGAUACCUUAAAAAAGAAAAGGUUGGGGCAUGGGUCAGAAAACCAGUCAGUAUCUGGUGCCUCAUGCAGCGCGACACAUGUACUUCGCAUAGAGUUGAUCAGGCUGUUGAUUGUGGCCUGUGGAAUUUUGUCCCACUCCUCUUCAAUGGCUGUGCAAAGUUGCUUGAUAUUGGCGGGAACUGGAACACGCUGUCGUACACGUUGAUCCAGAGGAUCCCAAACAUGCUCAAUGGGUGACAUGUCUGGUGAGUAUGCAGACCAUGGAAGAACUGGGACAUUUUCAGCUUCCAGGAAUUGUGUACAGAUCCUUGCGACAUGGGGCCGUGCAUUAUCAUGCUGAAACAUGACGUUAUAGCGGUGGAUGAAUGGCACGACAAUGGACUUCAGGAUCUCAUCAAGGUAUCUCUGCAUUAAAAUUGCCAUCAAUAAAAUGCAAUUGUGUUCGUUGUCCGUAGCUAAUGCCUGCCUUUACCAUAACCCCAACGCCACCAAAUUUGAGAGAAAUGCGCUUUUUGUGCAUAUGGGAUCUUUUAUUUCAGCUCAUGAAACAUGGGACCAACACUUUACAUGUUGCGUUUAUAUUUUUGUUCAGUGUAGUAAUCAUGGCCGAAUACCGACCAGGCGUGCAGGGCAUGUGCCCAGGGGCCCUGACCUUCAGGGGGCCCCCUUUGAUUUUGUUAGUCACUCUCACUCAGAUAUCAUUAACAUGGCAUACAUCUUGGCAAAUGUGUAGAAUUACAGGAAAUUAGCUUUAAAACUGCACACAUUUCUCUCCACCACAUGGCAAAGUGGGUAGAAUUGCAUGAAAUUUGCUGUAAUUUGUAUUAUUAUUAUUUUUGCACCAUGGCAAAAUGUGUAGAAUUGCAGACAGUUAGUUGGCUUUAAAGCUGCGACAUCUUCUCUACUCCCCAUGGCAACGUGUAGAAUUGCAAGAAAUGUACUUUAAAACAUUAGUUUUUUAGCUCCACCAUUAAAUGUUUUGCCUGCGAGGUGGGGGUGGGGGGGGCAAAUUUCACUUAGGGCCCCCAAAAGGCUAGGGCAGGCUCUGGUUUUCAGUAUUGGUAUUGCAUAGAGAAGCAAAUCUCAUUUUACAGUAAUGGUGUGAAUUAUAUAGUUGUAAAUGGCAUACAAUCACUGUUAAAACUCAGUCUUGAUUUCCUCUGAUCAGCAGAGCAUUUUACUGAACACAUUUUCAUUGACGUUUGGUCUUCCUCUCCCUGUACAGUGUUCCAUCAGGGCCUAGGAUGCUGGAAGAGCAGAGUGUGUGUAAUGCCCUGUUGCUCCACCUCCUUAGACAUCAAUCCGUUGUCUUUAUCUGUCCCCCGGACCUUCCACACCCCCCUCCUAGCCAGGACACCCCGUCACCACCCCCACCCCUCGCAGCCCUGUCCCAUUUUGAGGUGAGACAUUACAGUGAUUUGUACUGUACAUCUCUCCUUGGCAUCUGAGGAUAGGCUUACAGAGGUUCAUAAUGUCCUGAGUUUUCGCUAAAUUAACAAUAGCCCUGACCCUGACCUUAACCCUUCAAAUGCUGUUAUCUUUAAGAAAUGACAGGAUAUCCUGCUUCCCCUGACCCCUGUGAAGACAGGUGAGGGGUUUCAUGACGCAUCAUCCCACCCCAGUGAACUCCAUUUACUUUGCAACAACAGAUAAUAUCAUACAGUAUUAUGGCAUAUUUCCACCUAAGACUUACCCAAGUGUUUUACCAUAAAGGCUCAGACUUUUGUGUUUCCACCUCCACGGCCCGGCUCCAGUGUCUCACAGGGCCGUGGCCUCAGUGGACCUGCUCUGACUUAGGGCCAAGGCCAAGCCACUGGUACUUUUCAGCUGGCAUAUACAUAACAAUGGCUAAGCAACUCACAAAGCAACUGUCUUGAUAAUGCAGAGGUUGUUGAUUCUGCUCACCCCAAGUCUUUAGUGUCACAUCCUGAUGGAAACAAUAACACUAGAGCUGACAUUAACAUAAACACUGGCGACACACUGGUGUGGGGUAAGUCUUGGUUGGAAAUUCCCCAUAUACUGUAACAUGUCUUUGGUGGUUAUACAGAACAAACCAAACAUCUCCAAUAUUAUGUUUGAUAGCAUAGUAAUCAAGCAUCUUAUAGUGCUGUGUCAUGUAUGGUAAGAGGACAUUUCAGGGAGUAAUGUGUCUUUAUUGUCCCGGCUGCAGGAGAGACUGGGGGGUCCUCCCAGCACCUCUCGGUCAGAGGAGAGUAACAGUGUAGGAAGGUUUGACGGAGACAGCACCACGUCAGAGACAGGAGGUCUUACGGCCAACACACCCAGAAAGGCAUGGACGCCAUCCAACCUGAACAGGUACAGUCCCCUGCCUAGUAUCACCUGGAAGUCUCUGAAAGAGCCCAUAUGAGAGCCAUUAAAGAGAUGGAAUAAUAUGAAAGUGUAAAGCAACAAAAGUGGUUAUAAACUCAGCAAAAAAAGAAACAUCCUCUCACUGUCAACUGCGUUUAUUUUCAGCAAACUUAACAUGUGUAAAUAUUUGUAUGAACAUAACAAGAUACAACAACUGAGACAUAAACUGAACAAGUUCCACAGACAUGUGACUAACAGAAAUGGAAUAAUGUGUCCCUGUACAAAGGGGGGGUCAAAAUCAAAAGUAACAGUCAGUAUCUGGUGUGGCCACCAGCUGCAUUAAGUACUGCAGUGCAUCUCCUCCUCAUGGACUGCACCAGAUUUGCCAGUUCUUGCUGUGAGAUAAUAAUAAUAAUAAUAUAUAAUAAUAUGCCAUUUAGCAGACGCUUUUAUCCAAAGCGACUUACAGUCAUGCGUGCAUACAUUUUUUUUGUUGUUGUAUGGGUGGUCCCAGGGAUCGAACCCACUACCUUGGCGUUACAAGCGCCGUGCUCUACCAGCUGAGCUACAGAGGACCACAGGGAGUAAUGUGUCUUUAUUGUCCCGGCUGCAGGAGAGACUGGGGGGUCCUCCCAGCACCUCUCGGUCAGAGGAGAGUAACAGUGUAGGAAGGUUUGACGGAGACAGCACCUUCCUACACUGAGAUGUAACCCACACUGAGAUGUAACCCACAUUUACAUUUACGUCAUUUAGCAGACACUCUUAUCCAGAGCGACUUACAAAUUGGUGCAUUCACCUUAUAGCCAGUGGGAUAACCACUUUUCAAUAUGUAUUUUUUUUUUCUUUCUUUGGGGUGGGGUAAGGGAGGGUAGAAUGAUUACUUUAUCCUAUCCCAGGUAUUCCUUAAAGAGGUGGGGUUUCAAGUGUCUCCGGAAGGUGGUGAGUGACUCCGCUGUCCUGGCGUUGUGAGGGAGCUUGUUCCACCAUUGGGGUGCCAGAGCAGCGAACAGUUUUGACUGGGCUGAGCGGGAACUGUGCUUCCGCAGAGGUAGGGGGGCCAGCAGGCCAAAGGUGGAUGAACGCAAUGCCCUCGUUUGGGUGUAGGGACUGAUCAGAGCCUGAAGGUACGGAGGUGCCGUUCCCCUCACAGUUCCGGUUUGUCAAGAUCGGUGUGGAAGAACUUGACUGGCCUGCACAGAGCCCUGACCUCAACCCCAUCGAACACCUUUGGGAUGAACUGGAACGCCGACUGCGAGCCAGGCCUAAUCGCCCAACAUCAGUGCCCGACCUCACUAAUGCUCUUGUGGAUGAAUGGAAGCAAGUCCCUGCAGCAAUGUUCCAACAUCUAGUGGAAAGCCUUCCCAUAAGAGUGGAGGCUGUUAUAGCAGCAAAGGGGGGACCAACUCCAUUUUAAUGCCCAUGAUUUUCGAAUGAGAUGGUUGACGAGCAGGUGUCCACAUACUGUUGGUCAUGUAGUGUAUAUCAUCAAUAAUACUAUUUAUGUAUGCCUAUAUAGCAUUUGCAAAGUCAUCAACAGCUAUUGUUUCAAUUCAACCCAGGGUUCAACUAAAAAUAGACAAUACAUAUAGGCCUAGGGUUUCAAGACUUUGUAAAUACAACCCAUAUUUAUUUGUACUUUAACUAUUUGCACAUUGUUACAACACUGUAUAUAGACAUAAUAUGACAUUUGAAAUGUCUUUAUUCUUUUGGAACUUCUGAGUGUAAUGUUUACUGUUUAUUUAUUGUUUAUUUCACUUUUGUUUACUAUCUACUUCACUUGCUUUCACAAUGUUAACAUACGUUUCCCAUGCCAAUAAAGCCCUUAAAUUGAAAUUGAGAGAGAGAGUGAGAGUAAGAGUGAGAGUGAGAGAGAGCGCAGACUGUAGUUUCAGAAUUCCCCUCCUACAUUAAUAGGACAGCAAAAGGCGUAACGCUCGCUCACCAUAAAAAAUACGUAGUUUUAUUAGACAAGUUUAAAAGGCAAGUUUUCAGAUUUAUGGUGAGCUAGCGUUGCACCUUUCCCUGUCCAAUGAUGUCUACACAUUUUUAGGUUGCACCUCUACUCACGUUGGUUGAGCACCUUCUACUUCUUUCCUCCUACAUUAAUAAAAAUAGUCUCUGCCUCACUAUUGGAAAGUGUAGAAAAGUGGAAAAUUACUAAUUAGUUCCCAUGAAAAAUCUACAUAAUACAGCCAUCUGUUUCAAAGUAAGGUUUCCUCACCGAACUGAAGAGGCCUUUUGCCUUAGCAAGUGUAAACAUCUAUUUCUUUCCCCAUGGCUCUGCAUGUGACUCCUAGGUUAUUAUUAGCUAUGAGCGAUUUUGUGCAUGUGUGCGUGCGUGAGAGUGGUGUAAGAGCUAGUAGGAAAGAGAGUGAGACCCUUGCUGUGUGUUUGUGCGUGUAUGAGAGAGAAGAUUAAGUAGUCUCAGUUUCUCUCUCUCUCUCACUCCCUCUGUCUCUCACUUCCCCCCCUCUCUCUCUCACUCCCUUCUCUCGCUCUCUCUCUCAAUCCCUCUCUCUCACUCCCUCUGUCUCUCACUCCCCAUCUCUAUCUCUCUCUCUCCCCUCUCGCUCUCUCUCUCAAUCCCUCUGUCUAGCUCUCUCUCACUCCGUCUCUCGCUCGCUCUCUCUCUCUCUCUCACCUCUCUCACCCCCCCCCCCCCCCUCUCUCUCUCUCGCUCUCAAAUCAAAUCAAAUCAAAUCAAAGCAAGCUGGUAUGUACAAUUCAAUGUACUAAACCAGCGAAGGUUCACUGAUGGCUCACCUCUCAACUUUUGCCAAUGUCUGAAAGUAUUUACUGAAAUCAUGUUAGACUCACAGUUCUGUUCUGAAAAGUACUAUCCAUAUAUUUUGUUUAUUCCCAGUCAUCAAGGAUAUUUGAUAGAUUCCUUAAAUCAAAUCAAAUGUAUUUGUCACAUGCUUCUUAACUACAGGUGUAGACUAACAGUGACAUGGUUACUUACGGCCCUUCCCAACAAUGCAGAGAGAAAGAAAGAGAAAUAAUAGAAAAAAUUAUAACACAAGGAAUAAAUACACAAUGAGUAACGAUAACUUGGCUGUAUACAGUUGAAGUCGGAAGUUUACAUACACUUAUGUUGGAAUCAUUAAAACUCGUUUUUCAACCACUCCACAAACUUCUUGUUAACAAACUAUAGUUUUGUCAAGUCGGUUAGGACAUCUACUUUGUGCAUGACACAAGUAAGUUUUCCAACAAUUGUUUACAGACAGAUUAUUUCACUUAUAGAUCACUGUAUCACAAUUCCAGUGGGUCAGAAGUUUAUAUACACUAAGUUGAGUGUGCCUUUAAACAGCUAAUUGACAUAAUUUGAGUAAAUUGGAGAUGUACCUGUGGAUGUUUUUCAAGUCCUACCUUCAAACUCAGUGCCUCUUUGCUUGACAUCAUGGGAAAAUCAAAAUAAAUCAGCCAAGACCUCCACAAGUCUGGUUCAUCCUUGGGAGCAAUUUCCAAAUGCCUGAAGGUACCACGUUCAUCUGUACAAACAAGAGUACGCAAGUAUAAAUACCAUUGGACCACGCAGCCAUCAUACCGCUCAGGAAGGAGACGUGUUCAGUCUCCUAGAGAUGAACAUACUUUGGUGCGAAAAGUGCAAAUCAAUCCCAGUACAACAGCAAAGGACCUUGUGACGAUGCUGGAGGAAACAGGUACAAAAGUAUCUAUAUCCACAGUAAAACAAGUCCUAUAUCGACAUAACCUGAAAGGCCGCUCAGCAAGGAAGAAGCCACUGCUCCAAAACCGCCAUAAAAAAGGCAUCGUAUUUUUUGGAGAAAUGUCCUCUGGUCUGAUGAAACAAAAAUAGAACUGUUUGCCAUAAUGACCAUCGUUAUGUUUGGAGGAAAAAGGGAAAGUCUUGCAAGCCAAAGAACACCAUCCCAACCGUGAAGCACGGGGGUGGCAGCAUCAUGCUGUGGGGGUGCUUUGCUACAGGAGGGACUGGUGCACUUCACAAAAUAGAUGGCAUCAUGAGGAAGGAAAAUUAUGUGGAUAUAUUGAAGCAACAUCUCAAGACAUCAGUCAGGAAGUUAAAGCUUGGUCGCAAAUGGGUCUUCCAAAUGGACCCCAAGCAUACUUCCAAAGUUGUGGCAAAAUGGCUUAAGGACAACAAAGUCAAGGUAUUGGAGUGGCCAUCACAAAGCCCUGACCUCAAUCCUAUAGAAAAUGUUUGGGCAGAAUUGAAAAAGCGUGUGCGAGCAAGGAGGCCUACAAACCUGACUCAGUUACACCAGCUCUGUCAGGAGGAAUGGGCCAAAAUUCACCCAACUUAUUGUGGGAAGCUUGUGGAAGGCUACCCAAAACGUUUGACCCGAGUUAAACAAUUUAAAGGCAAUGCUACCGAAUACUAAUUGAGUGUAUGUAAACUUCUGACCCACUGGGAAUGUGAUGAAAGAAGUGAAAGCUGAAAUAAAUCAUUCUCUCUACUAUUAUUCUGACAUUUCACAAUCUUAAAAUAAAGUGGUGAUCCUAACUGACCUAAGACAGGGAAUUUUUACUAGGAUUAAAUGUCAGGAAUUGUGAAAAACUGAGUUUAAAUGUAUUUGGCUAAGGUGUAUGUAAACUUCCGACUUCAACUGUACACGGGGUACCAUUAGUGGGUCUAUGUGCAGGGGUAUGAGGUAACUGAGGUACUGUACAUAAAAAUCUAAAUAGUGAAACAUUAUCCUUUUUAGAUAAAACUAUACUAAAUAUAUUCACGUCACCAAAGGUCUACAGUAGCCUCAACAGCACUCUCUGGGGUAGCACCAACCUAGGAGGCUCAUGGUUCUCACCCCCUUCCAAUGACUUACACAGUAAUUAUGACAACUUCUGGAGGACACCCUCCAACCUAUCAGAGCUCUUGCAGCAUGAACUGACAUGUUGUCCAACCAGUCAAAGGAUGAGAGAAUUAAUCUAAUACUGAAAGCAUAAACUACAGCUAGCUAGCAUUGCAGUGUACAAUGGAUUAAAGUGAGCGUAAAGAAAUCAAUCUUUACCUUUUUUUGUUGAGUGCUCCAACUCCUUUUUACCUCAAAUUACUCCUUUUGGAAAUGUUUCUUGGUAAGCCAUUCUCACAAUAGUUGAACAGUUUUGAACAAAUUAAUUACUUCAAAAAUUAGAGAGAGAGAUUUAAUUUUUUCACUUUCACGUAACGUUACUUAGCUAGUGAAUGCAGCUAGCUAGUUUAGCCUACUCAAACACCCGGCUCAAACAGCUAGCUGGCUAUGGCUAUCCAACACUGGAACUCAAGGUAAGCUUUUGGUUUUAUUAAUCUGUUGCCACCGGUGCCCGCUGGUGUAACUGUUAAACUGAUUGCUGUACACUGUACUGCAUGAUUGUAGUGGGUUUACUAAUGCGUUAGUUCUAGUAGCUAUGUUGUCAUGGUGACAAUGAUGUAGGCUGUGUGAAGCAGUUAGCGGUUAUGGUAUGAAGGUUUGGCUUGGAAAGUUUUUUUUGCCUGGUCACAGCUGUUGUGUUGUGCACUGAAGUCCACAAGCGAAGGGAAAAGGUGAGAGGAGGAUAGCACGUAGACGCGAGAAGGAAUUAUACAACGAGCAAAGUGGUCAUGCUGUUUGUAUAUGGCUGCUAUGAAAGUGAACUGUGUUUGUUAUGACUUUUACUUCCUCUAGAUAGUCAAGUUUGAUCGUCUUCUCGUCACCCCUGAUCAUUCUGCCAGUUCUGUUGAAAUACUUUUCUUAAAUGGAAGUAAAUUGAACGAAACUGGGAUAAACAUAUCUGAAUUUGUCCAAUAGAAACUUUUGUUUGCAACUGUUUGGACUAAUGAUUACACCCUAGAUGUCUGUCACCUUGAUUACUCAAGUUUGUCUCUCGACCUGUGCACCUACAGUGCAUUCGGAAAGUAUUCAAACCCCUUAACUUUUUCCACAUUUUGUUACGUUACAGCCUUAUUCUCAAAUGGAUCAAAUAAAUGUUUUCCCUCAUCAAUCUACACACAAUACCCCAUAAUGUAAAUGCGAAAAAACAGGUUUUUAGAAAUGUUUGCAAAUGCAUUAAAAAUAAAAAACAGAAAUACCUUACUUAUAUAAGUAUUCAGACCCUUUGCUAUGCGACUCGAAAUUGAGCUCAGAUGCAUCCUGUUUCCAUUGAUCAUCCUUGAGAUGUUUCUACAACUUGAUUGGAGUCCACCUGUGGUAAAUUCAAUUGAUUGGACAUGAUUUGGAAAGGCACACACCUGUCUAUAUAAGGACCCACAGUUGACAGUGCAUGUCAGAGCAAAAACCAAGCCAUGAGGUCGAAGGAAUUGUCCGUAGAACUCAGAGAUAGGAUUGUGUCGAGACACUGAUCUGGGGAAGGGUACCAAAACAAUUCUGCAUCAUUGAAGGUCCCCAAGAACACAGUGGCCUCCAUCAUUCUUAAAUGGAAGAAUUUGGAACCACCAAGACUCUUCCUAGAGCUGGCUGCCCGGCCAAACUGAGCAAUCGGAGGAGAAGGGCCUUGGUCAGGGAGGUGACCAAGAACCCGAUGGUCACUCUGACAGAGUGCUAGAGUUCCUCUGUGGAGAUGGGAGAACCUUCCAGAAGGACAACCAUCUCUGCAGCACUCCACCAAUAAGGCCUUUAUGGUAGAGUGGCCAGACGGAAGCCACUCCUCUGUAAAAGGCACAUGACAGCCCGCUUGGAGUUUGCCAAAAGGCACCUAAAGGACUCUCAGACCAUGAGAAACAAGAUUCUCUAGUCUGAUGAAAUCAAGAUGGCCUGAAUGCCAAGCGUCACGUCUGGAGGAAACCUGGCACCAUCCCUACGUUGAAGCAUGGUGGUGGCAGCAUUAUGCUGUGAGGAUGUUUUUCAGCGGCAGGGACUGGGAGACUAGUCAGGAUCAAGGGAAAGAUAAACGUAGCAAAGUACAGAGAGAUCCUUGAUGAAAACCUGCUCCAGAGCGCUCAGGACCUCAGACUGAGGCGAUGCUUCACCUUCCAACAGGACAACAACCCUAAGAACACAGCCAAGACAAUGCAGGAGUGGCUUCGGGACAAGUUUCUGAAUGUCCUUGAGUGGCCCAGCCAGAGCCCGAACUUGAACCCGAUCCAACAUCUUUGGAGAGACCUGAUAAAUAGCUGUGCAGUGACGCUCCCCAUCCAACCUGACAGAGUUUGAGAGGAUCUGCAGAGAAGAAUGGGAGAAAUACAGGUGUGCCAAGGUUGUAGCGUCAUACCCAAGAAUACUCAAGGCUGUAAUCGCUGCCAAAGGUGCUUCAACAAAGUACUGAGUAAAGGGUCUGAAUACUUAUGUGAAUGUGAUAUUUCAGUUCUUUAUUUGUAAUACAUUUGCUAAAAUAAAAUAAAAAUAGUUUUUUGCUUUGUCAUUAUGGGGUAUAGUGGGUAGAUUGAUGAGGGGGGAAAAAAACGAUUUAAUCCAUUUUGGAAUAAGGCUGUAACGUAAAAUGUGGAAAAAGUAAAGGGGUCUGAAUACUUUCCGAAUGCAUUGUAAACAUUCAUAGGCUAGGUUGUAGCAACCUCAUGAUGGGUAUAGGAAAAUGUUUGUAUCAUGUAGUAGCCUAAACCUAUCAUUUUUACAUUUUACGUCAUUUAGCAGACGCUUUUAUCCAGAGCGACUUACAGUUAGUGAGUGCAUACAUCAUUUUUUAUACUGGCCCCCCCAUGGGAAUCGAACCCACAACCCUGGCGUUGCAAACGCCAUGCUCUACCAUCUGAGCUACAUCCCUGCCGGCCAUUCCCUCCCCUACCCUGGACGACGCUGGGCCCAAUUGUGCGCCGCCCCAUGGGUCUCCCGGUCGCGGCCGGCUACGACAGAGCCUGGAUUCGAACCAGGAUCUCUAGUGGCACAGCUAGCACUGCGAUGCAGUGCCUUAGACCACUGCGCCACUCGGGAGAUGUUACAUUCAGCUGGGUGAAUGGAAUAUGAGUGACAGUCAUCCAAUAUGCUGUAAUAGAAAUAAGGCCAUGCUCAUUAAUAAAAUAAUUAUCCUCCCUAAUCUUAAACGGCACCGACCGCCACUGUUGCAUGUAGGUGGGGAUAAAGUGACUAGGCAACAGGAUAGAUAAAAAACAGUAGCAGCGAAUGUGAUGAGUCAAAAGAGUUUAAAGGGAAAAGGGUGAAUGGGAAGCUCUUGAUUAACUAUUUAACUAACUAUUUAGCAGUCUUAUGGCUCAGGGGUAGAAACUGUUCAGUGUCCUGUUGGUUCCAGACUUGGUGCAUCGGUACCGCUUGCCAUGCGGUAGCAGAGAGAACAGUCUAUGACUUGGGUAGCUGGAGUCUUUGACAAUUUUUAGGGCCUUCCUCUGACACCACCUGAUAUAGAGGUCCUGGAUGGCAGGGAGCUCGGUCCCCAGUAAUGUACUGGGCCGUACGCACUAUCCUCUGUAGCGCCUUGCGGUCAGAUGCCAAGCAGUUGCCAUACCAAGUGGUGAUGCAGCUAGUCAAGAUGGUCUCAAUGGUGCAGCUGUAGAACUUUUUGAGAAGCUGAGGGCCCAUGCCAAAUCUUUUCUGCCUUCUGAGGGGGAAGAGGCGUUGUUGUGCCUUCUUCACGACUGUGUUGGUGUGUGUGGACCAUGAUAAUUCCUUAGUGAUGUGGAGACCAAGGAACUUGAAGUUCUCGACCUGCUCCACUACAGCCCCGUCGAAGGGGAUGGGGGUGUGCUCGGCCCUCCGUUUCCUGUAGUCCACGAUCAACUCCUUUGUCUUGCUGACGUUGAUGGAGAGGUUGUUGUCCUGGCACCACACUGCCAGGUCACUGACCUCCUACCUAUAGGCUGUCUCAUCGUCGUCGGCGAUCAGGCUAACCGUUGUCGUGCUGUCAGCAAACUUAAUGAUGGUGUUGGAGUCAUGCGCAGCCAUGCAAUCGUGGGUGAACAGGGAGUACAGGAGGGGACUAAGCACGCACCCGUGAGAGGCCCCUGUGUUAAGGGUUAGCUUGGCGGAUAUGUUGUUGCCUACCCUCACUACCUGGGGGCGGCCCGUCAGGAAGUCCAGGAUCCAUUUGCAGAGGGAGGUGUUCAAUCCCAGGGUCUUGAGCUUAGUGAUGAGCUUGGGGGGCACUAAGGUGUUGAACGCUGAGCUAUAGUCAAUGAACAGCAUUCUCACGUAGGUCUUCCUCUUGUCCGGGUUGGCGAGGGCAGUGUGGCGUGCAAUACAGAUUGCGUCAUCUGUGGAUCUGUUGGUUGGUUUACGAAUUGGAGUGGGUCCAGGGUUUCUGCGAUGAUGGUGUUGAUGUAAGCAACGACCAGCCUUUCAAAGCAUUUCAUGGCUACAGAUGUGAGUGCUAUGGGGCAAUAGUCAUUUAGACAGGUUACCUUGGUAUUAUUGGGUACAGGGACUAUGGUGGUCUGCUUGAAACAUGUAGGUAUUACAGACAUGGUCAGGGAGAGGUUGAAAAUGUCAGUGAAGACACUUGCCAGCUGGUCAGGGCAUGCUCUGAGUAUGCGUCCUGGUCAUCCGGCUGGCCCUGCGUCCUUGUGAAUGUUAACCUGUUUAAAGGUUUUACUCACAUCGUCUACGGAGAGCGAGAUCGCACAGUCAUCUGGAACAGCUGGUGCUCUCAUUUAUGUCUUUCUGGAAAUGUAAUAAGGUCAAUUAAAGUUGUGUGUGUUUGGGAAAUCAUGUGAAUCAGGGGGUAACUGGACCAUACUAGAACUCCCAGUGUCAGCAAUGGCCUCAAUCCUUUGCCAGAUAGCCUAGAGCAGGGGUAGGCAACUAGAUUCAGCCGCGGGCCGAUUUUUGUCGGAGUGGAUGGUCGGAGGGCUGGAACAUAAUUAUAAUAAUUUGUACACUGAAAAUUGACCACAACUAAGCCAAAAAGAGAUUGUAUUUGAAAAUAACAAUAAUUGUAUACCUUGAUUACAUUGAGACAUGAUCACGUUUUUUAUUUUAUUCACGGGAAUGCUUGGGAACAGAUUUCCUAAAUUAAACUAAUUUUUAGCUGAAGUCCUGGUGAUGUUAGUCUUUCUUUACCUGAAAUCCCCCCCAAAAAAUCACUUGCGGGCCGCCUGUUCCCGACCCCUGGCCUAGAUGCUCACUUGACCACACAUGGUAGGGGCAACACACUCUCUGUGGGUCAAAGAGUUCACACUCCUUGUGCGUGUGUGUGUGUUUGUGGUGUGUGUUUGGACAUGGCCAGUGUGGGUAGCUGUCCAUGUUCCCAGACCACUGCCACCUGCCACCGUCUCUGGGCUGGUUGGGGAUCAGGUUGUCAAAGGACAAUUUAGAGUCAGACAACACCGUCUGGAUCUAGCUGGAAUGACUCAGAGCUGGUGUUUGUGCUUGCGUGUUUGUGUGUGCGUUUUACUUAUUGGCAAAUGAGAGUAGGAAACAGUAAAGUUGAUAUCACAGAGGAUUUCACAGAUGCCUCAUUACACUGCUGAGAGGGGCUUUGUAAAUAGAUAAAACAUGUGGCAAAUAAGAUAUCAACAUGAGAUCCUUUAUAUUAAGGGCUGAGAUUUGUUAUAGAGCUGUGUGCUUUCGUUCCGAACAUAGUCAUUUGCAUAAUGAUGUUUUGUCUAGAUAUGUGGACUCUUCCUCUUUUGCUGUUCAGUAUGUAGUCUGAAUCAUAUCUAUCAAAGAUCUUUAGGAUAAUCCCUCUACACAGACUAGAUAUUAUUAAAUCCCUCCUUUCCCUUGUUACAUUGCAUUGAGGGUGGUACUCAGUGGGGAUUCUGACUGAGGGUCUGGGUAAGAGGCGGUGCUUUCUCUCUCUUUGACAGCCUCUGACCUACUUCCACCUGGGUUUCACAGCUUAUAAUGGUUUACCCUGAGCAGCAUAUCCAAUUGCUAAGUGCGCUCUGAGCCGAGUGGGCCAUCCUAAGUGUGUGCACAGGGGGCUGUACACAGUAUAGGGGUUGGUUGUCACACGUGAUCCUCUGUAGCUCAAUUGGUAGAGCAUGGCGCUUGUAAUGCCAGGGUAGUGGGUUCAAAACCCGGGACCACCCAUAUGUAAAAAUGUAUGCACACAUGACUGUAAGUCGCUUUGGCUAAAUGGCAUAUUAUAUUAUUAUUAUUAUUAUGGGGUUGGUUGUCACAGUGUUUGCUAGUAGCUUCUUCCUGUUGUAACAGGAAAUUAAGCAAUAUAGUAUACAGUCUUAGAAAUAGCCUUUCUUUGAUUUAACCAUAUUCCUGACAAAAUUCAGCAUUUUAUGCCUUGAUAAUAACAGAUGACAUUUUGAGUAAAUUUGUCUGUGUGUUUGCACAUGCAUGUGUGCUUGUGUGGUGUGACAGAAAAAUAGGAAAUGAAGGGAGCUCUUUAUUCAGGAUACAUCACCAUGAAGAGAAUGACAUUCAUAAUGAUGCAUUUCUGUAUUGUACAGAUCAGGGAACCAUGAUGUCAUUCUGUUACCAUCAUUCGUUUACCAUGGAAUUGCCCACAACCAAUGCCAUUUUUUUAAAUAAUGGAGUUGAAUGUGACAACCAACCCCACAUUCCAUGGGACAACCCCCGCUGCUAAUUAAGAUGCUAUUACCACAUGGCCUGACCUAGGAACUCAGAAGUAGGUUUGAAAUAUAGCUCUCCCUUUCCUAUUUUCAACGAACAUAAUGGAUACUCCCAAAAUUCUAACAUUUACAAAGAAAAGCUUUUUAUUUAUUUUUCCUUUUACCUAUAUAUAUAUAUAUUUUUAAUCUCCUCACUUCAAUGUGUUUUCAUGCUGAUAUGAAUUGACCAGGUGGAUGAGUUCUUUCAAAUAAUUCACACAUUUUAACCUUAAAAUUAUUACACAGCACCAUUUAGAUUGGGUGCUGUGACAACCAACCCCGGUCUCCCCUAAGCCUUGUCCGAGCCAGAAUGACCCAUUGGGACAGGAGCCUGUCUCAUGUUUCUGUAGCGUGAGACAGCUUAUUGUUACUGUACAUGUACACCACCUGGACACAACGCUAGUUGCUGCUGCUAACCCUGUGUAUAAGAGUUAGACCACUUUGGUUACAUUCUCAGACUACUGGCAGCACAUGUAUCUACCUUGGCAGAUCAGUUGUGUUGUGUUUCACUGAGAGCAGGGAGACGAAGACUAAAUGGAGGUCUGAAAGGAGUAAAAACAAAAUGUGUUCACAACCAGAAGUAGGAAGACAGUAAUUUAUUUUGUGAAAGUCAAUAUUUACAAAGGCUUUGGUGUAUGUUUAAUUUAGCCUAAUUCAAGUGGAUCUUCAGAAUAUUGUUGUCCAUGCUUGAACUUGUUACUCAAAUUUAUACAAUGUAUAUUAUUUUGGCUACUAUUGGAAGAAAAUGGGACGAUAAAAAGCAUUAUGUCCUCCAACUAAACACAAAUAUCACUCGUACCUUUAACAUUGCACUUGUAUGAUCCCCCUCUGUGUAGUCCUGAGACCUUGGACCUUGGCUCGGAACUCACCUCCCACACACAGCACCUGAUCCCAGACCUGUUGGAGGAUGUUGUGGAUGGAGAGCCUGGCUGUGUUCUCACCUGCUCUGCUUAUCCUAGACCAGCUGGGGAGCCUAGCCAACAGGAUGAGGAAGAUCCUGGAUCAGCUGGGGAGCCUAGCCAACAGGAGGAGGAGGAGGAUCCUGGACCAGCUGGGGAGCCUAACCAACAGGGGGAGGAGGAUCCUGGACCAGCUGGGGAGCCUAACCAACAGGAGGAGGAGGAUCCUGGACCAGCUGGGGAGCCUAACCAACAGGAGGAGGAGGAUCCUGGACCAGCUGGGGAGCCUAACCAACAGGAGGAGGAAGAUCCUGGACCAGCUGGGGAGCCUAACCAACAGGAGGAGGAAGAUCCUGGACCAGCUGGGGAGCCUAGCAAACAGGAGGAGGAGGAGGAUCCUGGACCAGCUGGGGAGCCUAACCAACAGGGGGAGGAGGAUCCUGGACCAGCUGGGGAGCCUAACCAACAGGAGGAGGAAGAUUCUGGACCAGCUGGGGAGCCUAACCAACAGGGGGAGGAGGAUCCUGGACCAGCUGGGGAGCCUAACCAACAGGAGGAGGAGGAUCCUGGACCAGCUGGGGAGCCUAACCAACAGGAGGAGGAAGAUCCUGGACCAGCUGGGGAGCCUAACCAACAGGGGGAGGAGGAUCCUGGACCAGCUGGGGAGCCUAACCAACAGGAGGAGGAGGAGGAUCCUGGACCAGCUGGGGAGCCUAACCAACAGGGGGAGGAGGAUCCUGGACCAGCUGGGGAGCCUAACCAACAGGAGGAGGAGGAUCCUGGACCAGCUGGGGAGCCUAACCAACAGGAGGAGGAGGAUCCUGGAUGUCCCAGGGGAAGGUGGGUCUCUGUGGUGCUGUGGCACCGCCUUCAUACUUCCUGAGUUUACCCCUCUCUGUCCCAGAGUUCCCGGGGGGUUGAAGAUUACGUCAGUUAGUCACUCUGCCCCAUAUGACCCCUGCAUCUGUUCACUUACUUUACAUGCAGUUUAAUCAUUCAUUAAUGCUUCAUUGUGAUGUUCUUAUCGAGAAGAACAAGGUGCUCCAACUUAACCUGCCUGCUCAAGUCUCAGGUCAUUAUAGUAGACAGGCUGUUUGGAAAAGUAUUGAGGAAUGCACUUCAGCUUGGAUAUUUCUUCCUGAGCAGGACAAGGUCACAACAGGAGGAAGACCCGGCCACCUCCUCCAGCAUAAAGGAGGAAGAGUACGAGGAGACGGAGAGGGGCACAACCCCUUUAGCCAUCUGUGGACUCAUGGACCACAGUAAAGAAGACUAUUACCAGGUGUGGUGAAGAGCUCUCAGCUCGCUCUACUCCCCACACUCUCGGGCGAGCUCGGAGAGCAGCGCGCGCGCGCGCGCGCGCGCGCGCGAGACGCGCGCCGCGAGCGCGCGGUCAGAGCGCGAGCGCGCGGCGCGAGCGCGCGCGACGGGCGCGCGCGCGCGCGCGAGCGCCGGACCCACGACGCGGCGCGCGAGCGCCCCACGAGCGAGGGCGCGCGCGGCGCGCGCGAGCGCGCGCGCGCGCGCGCGCGCGAGGCGCGCGCGCAGGCGCGCGACGCGCGCGCGCGCGCGCGCGCGCGCAGCGCGCGCGAGCGGCCCCACGACGCAGCGCGGCGCGCGCGGCGCGCGCGCGCGCGCGGCGCGCGAGGCGCGCGGCGCGCGCAGGCGCGCGCGCGAGGGCGCACCACGACGCGCGCGCGCGAGGCGCGAGCGAGCGCCCCACGACGCUCGCGCGCGAGGCGAGCGCCCGACGCGCGCGCGCGCGCGCGAGCGCCCACGACGCGCGGCUCUAUCUCUCUAUCUCCCCACUACUCUCUCUCUCUCUAUCUCUCUCUAUCUCCCCACUACUCUCUUUCUCGCUCUCUUUCAAUCUCUCUCUCUCUCUCCCCACUACUCUCUCUCUCUCUAUCUCUCUCUAUCUCCUUCAAUCUCUCUUGCUCUCCCUCUCUCUCACUCACACAUCACUUUCCUCAAUAACAAUGCAAAACAAAGGAUUGGUGAUUCACCCUCAGCUCAACACACUUUAAGUGUAUACAUGUAUUUACCACUGUAUAUUAUUCAGUGAUAGCCUAGACGUUAACAUUGUCACACAUCCAGAGCUAUUUCUAAACCACAGUGUUAUUAUGACGUGCAACAUGGCUCCCUAUGAAGAAGUCUAUAGAAAGAAAAAACGAGCUAAUGAGCAGAAGUGCACAUUCACUGAGAUAUGUUUGUUGAAAUAUGAAUUGGUCACAAUGGGUAAAAUGCAGCAAUAAUUUAUGUAAAUAUUCUCAGAGUACAAAAUGGUACGGUAUGUUUCAUUUGAUGAGUCUGUGUAUAGUCUUUUGAUAAAGACAUUGUCCAUACUGGGUUUUAGGAUCAUGACCCCUCCAGCUCUGAGCGCUCCAGGAGUGUAGCAGUGAGCUGGCAGGCUCAGGACACCCAGAACCAAGACCAUCACAAAGACAGGUACAAGGCUUUUAGGGAAGAAAUUAUUUUAUUUGUGUCAACAGAGAUUACUUUCAUGGUAAUAUCAAUCACAUGCAAAGGCUGAGGGAGUGGCCAAAACAGUAGAGGAAGUAGGAGUAAGUUAUUUUGGGAAUGAUUUUGGGAAUAAGGCACGUAUUCUCUCACUGCUGGCUGCUAGCAUUUGUUUACUGGCUGAUUCACAGGCAUCACUAAGCCUAUUGCAACAGUCCCAUCAAAUCAAGACAAGUCUUCUCUAAUGAUUGACUAUAAUGACUCAUAUGGUAUAAUAAAAUGAUCACAACAGAACAAUCAUAUUUCAAUGCUCAAAUCUAUUUGAAUUGGUGUGCUUUGAAAGACGCCUUAACCGAACCACUUUUUCACCUUCAUGUUGAAAACAAAAAGAUGAAGGCCAGCGGCAACAGCCACAGAAUGGUGGUAUCUCUGCUGCUAGUGUUAGUGGUUCUGUGAUGGUGAGGAGAGAGAGAAGUGGCAGCUGUACUGAUCUACUGCUCUUAUGGCCCAAUCCAAAUGUAGCAUCUUUGAUUUGGACCGGAACAAUCUUUCGGCUGGAAACCUCUGCCAUGAGGUAGUCCUGAAAGACACAAUAACCUUUUAGAUAUUCCUACAGUAGCAACAUGAGAUGAGGGCAGACCCCUGAAUGAUGGGGGUAGGUUUUGUUGGGUGAGAUGAGGGCAGUGGAAGGUAGACCCCUAAAUGGCAGGUACUCCAAGACUGAUCUGCUCUCACCAUGUAACCAUGGCACCUCGCUCUCUCAAUCAGCCUGAUUGCCCACAGCAGGAGGUGGGCAGGGUCUUAGCUGGGUCUCGGGGUCACCAGGACCAGCUCAGGGCUGGUGCCAAUCCGGACCAUGGUCAGGUAAAGGAACAGAAAAUACAUUCUGCCCCUAGCCAGACAGAGAGACACAGGGAACAUGUCAAAUUAGUCAAUGCUGUCUGUGCCUGAGGUAUAGACAGAAAUACAGACCAGAAACUGUACAAUAUUCUGAUCACGCUACAACACUGAGGUGAUAGUCUGUCUUUUGUUGAAUGAGCCAAGACAGUUAGCCUAGUAUUCAUUGUGGUUGUAAAGAAAAAUUCUAGUCAAUGUGUUUUUCUAUGGGUCUCCUUACGUGGGCAGUGCCAUGUCCUGAAGGUAGGUGGGCAGGUAUCUCCAGGGAUGGAGGACCUCACACCCCUCAGCCCACAAUAGACGCAGAGGCCUUUUCAGGCUGAUGACUGGAUUUUUCCGUUAAGUCCCUCAUGAGGAUCCUGUAGCCUGGGGAAGACAGGCAUCCUGGUCCAUCUUUCUGCAGGUGCAGGGCCACACACCAGGUGCCCCCAGCCACCUGCGAUAUCAGCAGCUCCCUCAACCAGUCUUAUCUCUUCUGGACCAUCAAAUGUGCAUCAAUGUCUUCAAGGAGUUGCUUCCUCAAGUUUGUCUUUGCAGUGCACAUCCAGUUGGAGUUGGAAGUUUACAUAACCUUAGCUAAAUACAUUUCUAAUUUCAUCACAUUCCCAGUGGGUCAGAAGUUUACAUACACUCAAUUAGUAUUUGGUAGCAUUGCCUUUAAAUUGUUUAACUUGGGUCAAAUGUUUUAGGUAGCCUUCCACAAGCAUCCCACAAUACGUUUGUUGAAUUUUGGCCCAUUCCUCCUGACAGAGCUGGUGUAACUGAGUCAGGUUUGUAGGCCUCCUUGCUCGCACACACUUUUUCAGUUCUGCCCACACAUUUUCUAUAGGAUUGAGGUCAGGGCUUUGUGAUGGCCACUCCAAUACCUUGACUUUGUUGUCCUUAAGCCAUUUUGCCACAACUUUUAAAGUACGCUUGGGGUCAUUGUCCAUUUGGAAGACCCAUUUGCGACCAAGCUUUAACUUCCUGACUGAUGUCUUGAGAUGUUGCUUCAAUAUAUCCACAUAAUUUUCCUUCCUCAUGAUGCCAUCUAUUUUGUGAAGUGCACCAGUCCCUCCUGCAGCAAAGCACCCCCACAGCAUGAUGCUGCCACCCCCGUGCUUCACGGUUGGGAUGGUGUUCUUUGGCUUUCAAGACUUUCCUUUUUUCCUCCAAACAUAACGAUGGUCAUUAUGGCCAAACAGUUCUAUUUUUGUUUCAUCAGACCAGAGGACAUUCCUCCAAAAAGUACGAUCUUUGCAAACCGUAGUCUGGCUUUUUUAUGGCGGUUUUGGAGCAGUGGCUUCUUCCUUGCUGAGCGGCCUUUCAUGUUAUGUCGAUAUAGGACUUGUUUUACUGUGGAUAUAGAUACUUUUGUACCUGUUUCCUCCAGCAUCUUCACAGGGUCCUUUGCUGUUGUUCUGGGAUUUAUUUGCACCAAAGUACGUUAAUCUCUAGGAGACAGAACGCGUCUCCUUCCUGAGCGGUAUGACGGCUGCGUGGUCCCCUGGUGUUUAUACUUGCGUACUAUUGUUUGUACAGAUGAACGUGGUACCUUCAGGCAUUUGGAAAUUGCUCCCAAGGAUGAACCAGACUUGUGGAGGUCUACAAUUCUUUUUCUGAGGUCUUGGCUGAUUUAUUUUGAUUUUCCCAUGAUGUCAAGCAAAGAGGCACUGAGUUUGAAGAUAGGCCUUGAAAUACAUCCACAGGUACACCAUGAAAUGAUGUAAAUUAGCCUAUCAGAAGCUUCUAAAGCCAUGACAUCAUUUUCUGGAAUUUUCCAAGCUGUUUAAAGGCACAGUCAACUUAGUGUAUGUAAACUUCUGACCCACUGGAAUUGUGAUACAGUGAAAAAAUCUGUCUGUAAACAAUUGUUGGAAAAAUUACUUGUGUCAUGCACAAAGUAGAUGUCCUAACCGACUUUCCAAAACUAUAGUUUGUUAACAAGAAAUUUGUGGAGUGGUUGAAAAACGAGUUAUAAUGACUCCAACCUAAGUGUAUGUAAACUUCCGACUUCAACUGUACUGUCCUCUUCUCCAUUUCCCUUUUGCUCUGAUUUGUCUUCCUAUUCUCAUGGCUCUCCUGUGCCUUAUGGCACCUGAAAAGUCAGCAGAAAUCCAUGAUCUUGGCACCUGAAGAGUCCACAGAAACCCAUGAGCAAACUUACAUUUUAGUCAUUUAGCAGACAUUCUUAUCCAGAGCGACUUACAGCAUACAUCAUUUUUUUAUUUUUCAUACUGGCCCCCCGUGGGAUUCAAACCCACAACCCUAGCGUUGCAAAUGCCAUGCUCUACCAACUGAGCUACAUCCCUGCCGGCCAUUCCCUCCCCUACCCUGGACGAAUUGUGCGCCGCCCCAUGGGUCUCCUGGUCGCGGCCGGCUACGACAGAGCCUGGAUUCAAACCAGGAUCUCUAGAUGCAGUACCUUAGACCACUGCGCCACUCUGGAACUUAGGACCAAGAUUCCAAAUAAUGGACCUAGCAACGAACUAGCCUGAUUGUCAUCAUUACAAUGCCACAGAAAAGGGAUAUUAAAACAAUUCUACAAGACAAGCAUAAAUAAUGUACUCAGUUUCUGAAGCAUUAUCCCUCAUUCAUAAUAUAUUAUUUGCCCACUUAACUAAAUAGGUAUUAACUGAUGUUAAGAAUGAAAGGAUACAUAAUAAUGUAUUCAACUUCUAUAGCGCUUUUCAUUACAGACAAAAUCUCAAAGCGCUUCAAAAGCCAUAACCAAUAAAAAAUUAUGACAAGGCUACAACAAUUGUAGCUAGGUCAGACAUAGUUGUGUAGAAACAGGAGUUCUAAAUUAGGACCAGCCAGACAAAUCUGUGCCUAUGCCUUUCCUUUGUAUGUUGUUUUGAAUUCAGCAUUGGUGUCCUGCAUCUCAGAUUCUCUCCACUAGCUGAGCUCAGUGCUGCAGAAGUAGGUUACCAGAACACAGCAGUGCCUACAGUCAUGACUCGGAUAUGAUUCCAGUCCAAAUAACGUCAGUCAUCUCUAGUCACGUGGAACACACACUUACCCAGUACUCUAGCAGGGUGGCACAGAACUGCCUGUAAUGUACUGUUGCUAAAUGCAGCUAAAUGCUUCAUUGAUGUAACUAAUUGUUAUUGUAUGGAACUAAAUACAGUGGGGGAAAAAAAGUAUUUAGUCAAAUCAAAUCAAAUCAAAUCUUAUUGGUCACAUGCGCCGAAUACAACAGGUGCAGACAUUACAGUGAAAUGCUUACUUACAGCCCUUAACCAACAGUGCAUUUAUUUUUCACAUAAAAAAAAAACAACAACAAAAAAAGUGUUGAGAAAAAAAAGAGCAGAAGUAAAAUAAAAUAACAGUAGGGAGGCUAUAUAUACAGGGGGGUACCGGUGCAGAGUCAAUGUGCGGGGGCACCGGCUAGUUGAGGUAGUUGAAGUAAUAUGUACAUGUGGGUAGAGUUAAAGUGACUAUGCAUAAAUAAUUAACAGAGUAGCAGCAGCGUAAAAAGGAUGGGGUGGGGGGGCAGUGCAAAUAGUCCGGGUAGCCAUGAUUAGCUGUUCAGGAGUCUUAUGGCUUGGGGGUAGAAGCUGUUGAUAAGUCUUUUGGACCUAGACUUGGCACUCCGGUACCGCUUGCCGUGCGGUAGCAGAGAGAACAGUCUAUGACUAGGGUGGCUGGAGUCUUUGACAAUUUUGAGGGCCUUCCUCUGACACCGCCUGGUAUAGAGGUCCUGGAUGGCAGGAAGCUUGGCCCCAGUGAUGUACUGGGCCGUACGCACUACCCUCUGUAGUGCCUUGCGGUCGGAGGCCAAGCAGUUGCCAUACCAGGCGGUGAUGCAACCAGUCAGGAUGCUCUCGAUGGUGUAUAAUUUUUGGAGGAUCUGAGGACCCAUGCCAAAUCUUUUCAGCCACCAAUUGUGCAAGUUCUCCCACUUAAAAAGAUGAGAGAGGCCUGUAAUUUUCAUCAUAGGUACACGUCAACUAUGACAUACAAAUUGAGGAAAAAAAAUCCAGAAAAUCACAUUGUAGGAUUUUUUAUGAAUUUAUUUGCAAAUUAUGGUGGAAAAUAAGUAUUUGGUCACCUACAAACAAGCAAGAUUUCUGGCUCUCACAGACCUGUAACUUCUUCUUUAAGAGGCUCCUCUGUCCUCCACUCGUUACCUGUAUUAAUGGCACCUGUUUGAACUUGUUAUCAGUAUAAAAGACACCUGUCCACAACCUCAAACAGUCACACUCCAAACUCCACUAUGGCCAAGACCAAAGAGCUGUCAAAGGACACCAGAAACAAAAUUGUAGACCUGCACCAGGCUGGGAAGACUGAAUCUGCAACAGGUAAGCAGCUUGGGAGCAAUUAUUAGGAAAUGGAAGACAUACAAGACCACUGAUAAUCUCCCUCGAUCUGGGGCUCCACGCAGGAUCUCACCCCGUGGGGUCAAAAUGAUAAUAAUAAUAUGCCAUUUAGCAGACGCUUUUAUCCAAAGCGACUUACAGUCAUGCGUGCAUACAUUUUUUGUGUAUGGGUGGUCCCGGGGAUCGAACCCACUACCUUGGCGUUACAAGCGCCGUGCUCUACCAGCUGAGCUACAGAGGACCGAGAUCACAAGAACGGUGAGCAAAAAUCCCAGAACCACACGGGGGGACCUAGUGAAUGACCUGCAGAGAGCUGGGACCAAAGUAACAAAGCCUACCAUCAGUAACACACUACGCCGCCAGGGACUCAAAUCCUGCAGUGCCAGACGUGUCCCCCUGCUUAAGCCAGUACAUGUCCAGGCCCGUCUGAAGUUUGCUAGAGUGCAUUUGGAUGAUCCAGAAGAGGAUUGGGAGAAUGUCAUAUGGUCAGAUGAAACCAAAAUAUAACGUUUUGGUAAAAACUCAACUCGUCGUGUUUGGAGGACAAAGAAUGCUGAGUUGCAUCCAAAGAACACCAUACCUACUGUGAAGCAUGGGGGUGGAAACAUCAUGCUUUGGGGCUGUUUUUCUGCAAAGGGACCAGGACGACUGAUCCGUGUAAAGGAAAGAAUGAAUGGGGCCAUGUAUCGUGAGAUUUUAAGUGAAAACCUCCUUCCAUCAGCAAGGGCAUUGAAGAUGAAACGUGGCUGGGUCUUUCAGCAUGACAAUGAUCCCAAACACACCGCCCGGGCAACGAAGGAGUGGCUUCGUAAGAAGCAUUUCAAGGUCCUGGAGUGGCCUAGCCAGUCUCCAGAUCUCAACCCCAUAGAACAUCUUUGGAGGGAGUUGAAAGUCCGUGUUGCCCAGCGACAGCCCCAAAACAUCACUGCUCUAGAGGAGAUCUGCAUGGAGGAAUGGGCCAAAAUACCAGCAACAGUGUGUGAAAACCUUGUGAAGACUUACAGAAAACGUUUGACCUGUGUCAUUGCCAACAAAGGGUAUAUAACAAAGUAUUGAGAAACUUUUGUUAUUGACCAAAUACUUAUUUUCCACCAUAAUUUGCAAAUAAAUGCAUUAAAAAUCCUACAAUGUGAUUUUCUGGAUUUUUUCCCUCAUUUUGUCUGUCAUAGUUGACGUGUACCUAUGAUGAAAAUUACAGGCCUCUCUCAUCUUUUUAAGUGGGAGAACUUGCACAAUUGGUGGCUGACUAAAUACUUUUUUUCCCCCACUGUAUGUGUUAUUUCAGAGUUUUGAUGUCUUCACUAUUAUUCUACAAUGUAGAAAAUAGUACAAAUAAAGAAAAACCCUUGAAUGAGUAGAUGUGUCCAAACUUUUGACUGGUACUGUAGGUAACCACACCGUGACUACAACUAAGUUACUAAGUCUUUGACCACACUACGCUGUUACUUUGGUGAGUAAAAACUCAUCCUACCUCAUCAACCAACAUCAUCCCUCAUUUUGUCUGUCAUAGUUGACGUGUACCUAUGAUGAAAAUUACAGGCCUCUCUCAUCUUUUUAAGUGGGAGAACUUGCACAAUUGGUGGCUGACUAAAUACUUUUUUCCCCCACUGUACUUCAUUGAUUUAACUUAUGAUAAUUGUAGCCUUCACCAUUAAUUGAAAAGCAUUAUAUUUUUUAUAACCCAGGGCUCUUAGCCUGCAUUUACAAAGGCAUCCCAAUUCUGAUAUUUUUUCCACUAAUUGUUCUUUUGACCAAUCACAUCAAAUCUUUUCACAUCAGAUCUUUAUCAAAACUGAUCUGAUUGGUCAAAAGACUAAUUAGUGAAAAUAAUAUAAAAAUUGGUUGCCUGUGUAAACGCAUCCUUCGUCAAAACCACUUAUGUUAGUCAGAUAUUAUGAUAGUCAGAUAUUAUGUUAUCCCAAUAAAAAUUAUAUUAAUAUGCCCAUUCUGACCUGUAACAAAUGCAAUCAUAUAACAUUUUUAUUUAUUUACUGUGAUAACUUUGCAGUUGAUUUCUUUCAAUUUAAAAUGUUAAAUUUUCAGCAUGACCCGAUUACAGAUGGCCGAUGGAAUAAACCUGUCUGACUCUGAAAAGGUAACUAUAUCCUCUGAAAGUCAACAUAGUAUUUAAUUUAUGACAUGAGACAGGAGAUCAAGUUACAUCUUAUAAUUCAUGAUGAGAAGACUGACAUGCAUAUCGGUCAAAUACAACAACAAAAACAUGUUGAUGUGUGGGUAUUUUUGAACGGCUCAGAAUAUAAUUGUUCACUUCCGUUCUCAUAUUAGAUUAUUUAAUUAUAGAUAUGGGUCUUUUUUAUUUCUAGUAUACAGUAUAUAUUUUCUGAAGUGGAAUACUUUUGUAUUGGCUAUUGGCUAGUGUGUGUGUCCAUACAGGUUAGUGUGUGUUAGCGUGUGUGUUAGCGUGUGUGUUAGUGUGUGUGUUAGCGUGUGUGUGUGCUUGAGUAACAGCCCCCUCCCUCUCCUCUUUCUCCUCUCUGACGCACACAGCGAGAGGGAGGGUCUAGAACAUCACCAAAUCAUGAACCCCCCUUUUCCCUCUAUCCCUCACCCUAGCCCAUAUUUAUGCGUAAAAAGCCAUUUUACCCUAGUACUGCUGCUGACAGAACAACCCAUGUCGACUCACCACUGCUGCUCACACUGAGCUAACAACGUCAGCCUCCCUGCUCUCCAAUUAGAAUGCUCAGCCUCACAAUGUUACCAAGGAGACGCACCCCCACAUCAUAUUCCCACACUCAUGGUUUUCCCGACGUUUCCCUGGCGCUAUGAAUAAUCCAUGUGGAGGAGUGCAGGAAAGCAGACAGACUGAAAAAACAGGGAAAACAUAUAUAUGGAUUCUACUGAAUCAGGGAAUAAGAAGAACACACAGUGAUACUACGCCCGAAGGGAUCUCACCGUUCUGAGGAACCAGAGAACGCUGUCACACACACAGGGAUCUAACGACUGAGAUCACAUAUGGAUCCAGGUCUGAGGAAACCUGGGAGAGAGCAGAACUGAGACGAGCCCCAUUACGUGACCGCUAACGUCACGUCUUACGCCCCCAUAACUGAGGUGUGGGGCACACGGACACAACACAGGAUCGCUUCCCCUCAGGACAAGCCCAGGGCCAGCAUCAGGCUUUCGCCAACUACCUUCUCCAACCUCUCCACCCCAGACAGGGAGUCAGCACCCUCCCCCAGACCCUUCAUUCUGAAGACAUGUUCUGCUUCUGUUUCCAGAGCCCGACCCUCAAGCAGCAAGCUCUGGAGGCUGAGCUGUGCCCUUCGCCCCCCGGAACCCCCCAGGAGGACCUGGAACACCCCCCUUGUACCAAAGACUACCAGAGCCUAACCCCAACACCCCACUCCCUCCCAAAACAGGAACAGGACAUCAUCAGCGCCUCACUGACAGGUAGGAGAACAGCACCUUCCCUCUCCCUAAUUUUCUUUGAUCUCUUUAUCAACCCUCGUCUCCUUGUGAGUAUAUUUGUUAUUCUUGUACUGUGUGAUAUCUUGUACACUAUGAUAUAUAGUGCUUGUUUAAGUGAAUCAAUCGCCUCUCUUCAUCUGUCUUCAUUAGUCUUAUGGUUAGUAUCAGCCUAAUGGAUGAUAUAAGCUCUCUCAGUAUUCGCUUUGGGUGGGUGUGUCUCAUGCUUGCUAGUCGAGUCACGAUGCACUAGGAUGCUAUAGAUACAGUAGGAGCAUUGGCCCAUAUUCACGAAGCGUGAAGGAGUGCUCGUCUACGAUAAAACAAUGUUUUUAUCAUAAUGAAUAGGGGGGGGGGGGGGGGGGGGGGCUGACCCUAGAACAGCAUUUUUACUCAGAGACUCUUUAUGUAUACGGGCCAUUGUGUGUAUACGGGCUGAUAUAUUUAGACUAUGUUCUGGAUAUGAAGUACUGAGUGUACAAAACAUUAAGAACACGUUCCUAAUAUUGAGUUGCCAAGGUGUCGAAAGCGUUCCACAGGAAUGCUGGACCCUGUUGACUACAAUGCUUCCCACAGUUGUGUCAAGUUGGCUGGAUGUUCUUUGGGUGGUGGACCAUUGUUAAUACACAUGGGAAAGUGUUGAGCGUGAAAAACCCAGCAGCGUUGCAGUUCUUGGCACCUGCUACCAUACCCCGUUCAAAGGCACUUAAAUAUUUUGUCUUGCCCAUUCACCCUCUGAAUGGCACACAUACAUAAUCCAUGUCUCAAAUGUCUUAAGGCUUAGAAAUCCUUCUUUAACCUGUCUCCUCCCCUUCAUCUACACUGAUUGGAGUGGAUUUAACAAGUGACAUCAAUAAGGGAUAAUAGCUUUCACCUGGAUUCACAGUCUAUUUCAUGGAAAGAGCAAGCAUUCCUAAUGUUUUGUACACUCAGUGUAUAAUAUAAUAUAUGCCAUUUAGCAGACACUUUUAUCCAAAGCGACUUACAGUGAGUCAUGCGUGCAUACAUUUUAUGUAUGGGUGUUCCUAGGAAUCGAACCCACUACCCUUGUGUUAUAAACACCAUGCUCUAUCAACUGAGCUACGAAGGACCAAAGUGAAGGACUGAAGUGAAGUCAGUUGUUUUUGACUAGUAGGACAGGUGCACAAUUACACGGCUAGCUUUUUUAUAAUUUCAAACCUGUUAUGUCUUCAUUUCAUUUCUGUACUUUGACCCCUGUUGUCUCUCUCCCUCCUCCCUCUCUGUCAGAAGCCAGUCCGGUCCAGAGACCCUCCGUGUCUCUCUCUGAGGGCAGUAGCAGUGAGUGUCUGAUGACCCCUGGUCCCAGUCCUCUCCUCCAGCGCCUCGCAGCGGGUGACUGUCCCGUACCAUCCCCCCGCAGCCACAACCUCAGCCAGGGCCACCGCUUUAACACGGACCCUGAAACAGCCCCCUCCCCACCCUGCUCACAACACAUCAGGAUGUAUGAGACUGUGACCAAGUGUUGUGUGUUUGUGUUUGGUUUUUGCGUUAGUGUGUGUGGUGGUGCUGGAUGUGUCUGUACAAUAUGUAAAGGAUAUAAAAAUGUAAAAAAUGUAAAUGUAAAUAAUCAUGGGAACUUACCGUUCUAGCUCUCCCUCCCUCCCCAGGGCUCACUACACAGUGAGGACUGAACCAGCAGAGGGCGCUAACAAGGCCCCAUCGGUCACGAUGCUCAACAGACACAUCCAGAACCUGAGGAAGAGGAUCAGACGCUUCGAGGAGCACUUUGAGCAAGAGAGACAGUACAGGGUGAGACAGUAAAACCAUGAAACAUGAUUUACAACCCCAUUAUAGCCCAGAGCCCAACCUUUUAGUUUCUGAAUGAAUCCAUGGUUUGACUGAUGAGGGUUUUAGUACAGACUGUCUCAUAAAGACAAAGGAAUUGAUUUCCUCCUGCUGAGUCAAAGAAUCAAAGCCACAGACAGUCAUAUCUCCUCUCCCUCUAUUCCAGGCCAGUUUAGACUGGUUCAAACCACUCUCUCUUUCUGUCUGUCUGUCUCUCAGCUGUCUGGGGGUGAGAACCAGACUUGACUUCAGUUUCCUUUUCUAAAGCGCCAACUCAGCCCCAAUACCAGCUGCACACAGCCUUAGGAAAAAGUUGUUGGUCUGGAAACUGAAUUCUAGUUUUUCUAAAUCGCGUACAAGCAUUUUUUGGAACAAUGUUGUCGAUUUUCAAAACGUCAAGCUGUAAAGGUGCAAACAUUAUGGGCAAUUGCUCUCCUUUUAUGCAUAUUUCACCAAGAAAUUUCAUACAGAUCAAAUCAAAUAUUAUUACUGAUAAAAAUGUAGUGCAAAAUAAGCACAUUGUUUGCAGAAAUAGUGAACACAAUUACACAAAUGUAUCUUCUGAUGAAAACAAUGUGUUAUAUUCUGUGAACAGAACACUUAACAGUGCUUUUUUUUCCUACUGAUGACAUUUGUAUUGAAUGUUUUGCAAAAGGUGGUCUAAGAUAUACAAAUCAGUUACUAAGGUAAGAACAUGAUCAGAAGUUCUGUAAAUGUAUUUAAGCAUUUGAUUAUUGCUGUUUUGCUAUAGAUACGUUUCAACACAGAUCCAAAAAUUGCUUGUACACGAUUGAGAAAAACUGUAAUCCGAUUCAAGGACAAGACUUCACCUACUGGAUGUUUUCAACCAUUACACUUAUUUUUUCCAGGCCUGUACUUCUUCUUCCAGUAUUGCACAUUCAUUUAGUGUGGCUCCACCUGGUGUUUAUACACUGAUAAUAACGAUAGGAUAUAGUUUGCCAGAUACAGUAUGAUGAACAUACUUUUUUCUAUGUGUAAUAUAUUCAUGUGGUGUGUGUUGUUUUUCUGUGACAGCCAGCACACAAUGAUAGGACUGCCCAUCCUGAGGUGUCUAGGCUGAUGCGGGACCUCACCAAGUCUCGAAAGCAGCUCAAAGGUGAGUCCUUGACAAGGUGCAAUCAGAUGCAUUUAGAAAACCGUGUGAGUAGCCGCUGAAGGGAAAGAAUGUAACACCAUCUGGUGGCUGUAUAAAUAAUGUUGUUUGUUUGUUAUUUAUGCCAUUUUGAUGUUGUUGCUUUGUGGAGGAGGGACAUGUAUUCUGAAUCUAGAUUGAUAUUUGUAUGGGUGUUCUAUAUUAUCAAAUGGAACCUCUGUGUCUGUGUAGAGCUGAAGCUGAAACAGUGUGCAGAGGGGCUCAGAGAGCAGCAGAGAGGAGGGAACACAGGGCCAUGCAGGUCCACCAGUGACCCCCAGGGGGCGAUGGAGCACUACCACAACAGUAACAACAAACCCUCACUUGAGGAGACUGUCGAUAGUCUGAUCAAGAGACUGAUGGAGAAACGAGAGGAGGAGGGACUGCCAGAUAACAUCAAGGUAAAACGCCACAUAGUGAAUUACCAGGUAAUGCGAUGGAAAUGUACAUAUAGGCUAUGAAAGGACCUAUUCUCUUACCAAGAUUAGGCUACUCUUGAUUAGCUGAGGGUGUUAUUCUGUCAUUGUAACUCUGGUGUGGUGUAUUACUGUUUGGUUCUGGCCUGGUGUCUGACUGUAUUACCACUGGUGUGUUCCUGCAGGAGAUGACUCCGGCUCAGAUGGCUGUGGAGAAGGUCACCCUGCAGAAGUGUCUACUCUACUUUGAGAGCCUGUAUGGGCGACCGGUAAGACUGCCCAGUGUUCCUUGUAAAUGUCCUAUUUUGUGUAGCCUCUCAAUGACAAUUGCAUAUUGUUUUGAUUGUUGUUGUUUUUUAUCGCGUAUGUGUGUGUUUUCAGAGCACCAGACAGGAGAAGACUCUGAUGAAGUCUUUCUAUGAUCGCUACCGCCAGGUCAAACAGCAGCUCCUGUGUCCCCCCACCACCAUCCCUGUCAUCACCACCAUAGUGAGUCUCUCUCUCUCUCACACACACACACAUACACACACACACACACACACACACACACACACACACACACACAGUCUCUCAGCCUCUGUGCUCUGUUUCCCUACAGGAGGAAGAGGAGGGUUCUGAUGAAGAGUGUGUGAAGGACAGCCCCUGGCUACCUCAUACAGCGCUGCGCUGUGUGUCUUCAGAUGAGUCACUGCGUCUGCCGCAAAAUGAGGUGACCAACAUGCCUCUCGUGUCACCUCUGGAGGAGCUCAAAGGUCUACAGCCACCCAGCGUCACCACGGCAACACUGCACGAGGCAUCAAGGUAUGCCCGCCCCGGUUUAACUUCUCUUGCUAGUGCAUAGGGGUUGAUUUGGGAUUGGGCAAGUGAAGUGUUGAGGCCUUGCUGUAUGUAUUCAGUCCUCUUCCUGACCCCUCCUACUGUACUGUAGGUCAGAGUUACUGGAGCAGCUGAGGGUGACGCGAGCUGAGAAGAAGAGACUCCGUUCAGUACUCCGAGACUUUGAGGACCACUUCUACACACAGACCGGCAGGUAAGACUCGUUACACUUCACGGUUUGCUUUUCCUUUAAUAAACUGGAACAUUUGGUAUUCAUAGUUCAACAAUGCCUUGUGAAAAAUAAAAUAAAACAUCCACCAAAAGAAUUCAGCAGAAUGACACAACAGCGUGAUGCACAUUUACUGACUUUAACACGACACAAAUAAGUACUUGGGAGAGAGACAGAGAGAUAGAGACAACUGCUCUGAACUAUACACAUCUUUUGUACAUGUAGCGGUUUUUGAAAGUAAAAUAAAAUGUUCUGAAUACAAUACUCACUGUACAAAGUUAUCUGAAUAAGGCAACACAGGGACUAUACCAGUAAAGGAAGCUGCAGCUUGUCUGAAAUGUUAAGUUAGUAUUUUUCUCUUCCUCGUCAUUAAAGGGCUGCCCAAAAAGAGGACCGCGGGCCCAUGGCAGAGGAGUACUGCGAGUACAAGAACCUAAAAGCUAAACUCCGCUUGCUGGAAGUCCUGCUCAGUAAACGGGAUACUCCAAAGACUGUCUGA